UAGUUUUAAAUGACUUUAUUGUUUUUCCAAGUAUUCUCCACGAAGCACUUAUUCCACUCGUUUGCUGGCAGAUCCAAAACUGCGUUUUUGAGUGCGUCAACUGCUUCUUCUGGUGACUGGAACCUUUGAGCAAGCAGUAUGUUUUUAAUUUUUGAGAAAGUAAAGACCGUUAGGACUUCGAUCGGGACUAUAUGGAGGAUGGUCCAAUAAUUC